GGGCCCACGUGGGUCGCCGAGUAGGGCACGGGUGGGGAGAUCCCGUCCCGCAGACUGCUCCGUGAGUCCCGCCGCGCUCGGCCACUGCCUCCCCGCCCUCACCAUGGCCCCCGCCGAGAUCCUCAGCGGCAAGAUAGUCUCCGCUGGAGUACUUGAAGGAGGCAUGAAGAAAUGGGCUAUCUACCCUGCAGAUACCUGUCCCUGUCUUCUAGACCCUCUAGAGAAAUGCUGGUCCAGAGAAUUCUCAUGGUCCUGAGUUCACCUGCAGGCCAAGAGGCUGGCAGCAGCAGCAGAAGUGAUAGACAAGUGAGAGACAGACUAAAGCAGCAAGUCGCUGAGAUGAAAGAGAAAUUUCCAGGCUUCAGACCAGGACUCGCAAUUUUGCAGGUUGGAAAUCGGGAUGAUUCGAACCUCUACAUUAAUAUGAAGCUGAAGGCUGCUGCUGAGAUUGGGAUCAGUGCCAAUCACAUAAAACUGCCAAACACAGCAACAGAAGCUGACGUCCUCAAGUGCAUUGCCUCUUUGAAUGGAGACCCUGCUGUUCAUGGCUUUAUAGUGCAGCUGCCACUUGACUCUGAUAAACCCAUCAAUACAGAAAAAAUAACCAAUGCUGUUGCACCUGAAAAGGACGUAGAUGGCUUAAGUAGCAUCAAUGCUGGGAAACUCUCUAGAGGGGACCUUGGAGACUGCUUUAUUCCCUGUACACCAAAAGGAUGCAUGGAACUUAUCAGGCAGACAGGCACCCAGGUUGCAGGGAAAAGAGCUGUGGUGGUUGGUCGCAGCAAGAUCGUUGGUGCUCCCAUGCAUGACCUGCUGCUCUGGAAUCACGCAACAGUAACCACUUGCCAUUCAAAGACCUCAACGCUGGCUGAGGAGGUUGGUAAAGCUGAUAUCCUGGUGGUUGCAGCUGGUAAAGCUGAAAUGGUAAAAGGUGAAUGGAUCAAACCUGGUGCAAUUGUAAUAGACUGUGGAAUUAACCAUGUGCCAGACAGCACAAAGGCCAGUGGAAAAAGAGUUGUAGGAGAUGUGGCGUACAGUACAGCAAAGGAAAGAGCUUCCUACAUCACCCCAGUUCCUGGUGGCGUUGGGCCGAUGACUGUGGCCAUGUUAAUGCAGAGCACAGUGGAGAGUGCACAGCGUUUUCUGGAGAAGUUCCAGCCUGGAAAAUGGAACAUCCAAUACAACCAGCUUACUCUAAAGGUGCCUGUUCCAAGUGAUAUUGAAAUAUCGCGGUCUUGCAUACCCAAGCCCAUUGAUCAAGUUGCAAAAGAAGUUGGCCUGCUCCCUGAUGAGGUGGAGCUCUACGGCCAAAGUAAAGCCAAGGUUCAUCUGUCAGCUCUGAAACGGCUGAAGAACGAGCCGGAUGGCAAAUACAUUGUUGUUACUGGGAUAACUCCUACUCCCCUGGGAGAGGGGAAAAGCACCACCACUGUUGGUCUUGUUCAAGCCUUAGGAGCACACCUUCACCAGAAUGUCUUUGCCUGUGUUCGCCAGCCUUCUCAGGGGCCAACCUUUGGUAUAAAAGGUGGAGCUGCAGGUGGUGGCUAUUGUCAAGUCAUCCCCAUGGAAGAGUUUAACCUUCACCUCACUGGUGACAUCCAUGCUAUCACUGCAGCCAACAACCUGGUCGCUGCUGCUGUUGACGCACGUAUAUUCCAUGAGCUAACUCAGACUGACCAGGCUCUCUACAACCGUUUGGUGCCUUCUGUCAAUGGUGUGAGGAAGUUCUCGGAUAUUCAGAUCCGAAGACUACAGAAAUUGGGCAUUAACAAAACCGAUCCUAUGGCUUUGACAAAGGAAGAAGUAAACUUAUUUGUGAGAUUGGACAUUGACCCAGGCACUAUAACAUGGCAAAGAGUACUGGAUACAAAUGACAGGUUCCUUAGGAAAAUCACUAUUGGACAGUCUCCAACAGAAAAAGGCUUCUCACGAACGGCUCAGUUUGACAUCACAGUGAGCAGUGAAAUCAUGGCAGUUCUAGCGCUCUCUGAUGGGUUGGAUGAUAUGAAAAAGCGACUGGGCAGAAUGGUAGUAGCUUCCAGCAAGAGAGGAGAACCAGUUACAACAGAUGACCUUGGAGUGACUGGUGCUCUGGCUGUCUUGAUGAAAGAUGCUGUUAAACCAAACCUCAUGCAGACACUAGAGGGAACACCUGUGUUUGUUCAUGCUGGACCUUUUGCCAAUAUUGCACAUGGGAAUUCUUCAGUGUUGGCAGACAAAAUAGCACUGAAGCUUGUGGGCAAACAGGGAUUUGUUGUUACAGAAGCAGGAUUUGGUGCAGACAUAGGCAUGGAGAAAUUCUUCAAUAUUAAGUGCCGCUAUUCUGGUCUCCGGCCUCAUGUGGUGGUGUUGGUUGCUACUGUCCGAGCUCUGAAAAUGCAUGGAGGAGGGCCUGCAGUCACCGCUGGGGUACCUUUACCAAAGGAGUACAUGGAAGAGAAUCUUCAGCUGUUGGCAAAAGGCUGUAGUAACCUAAACAAGCAAAUCCAAAAUGCACAGAUGUUUGGCGUCCCUGUAGUAGUGGCUGUCAAUGCUUUCAAAACAGAUACAAAGGCUGAACUGGCCCUUGUAGUACAACUGGCAAAGGAAGCAGGGGCGUUCGAUGCUGUGGAGUGCACUCACUGGGCAGAAGGCGGUAAUGGAGCAGUUGCACUGGCCCAAGCUGUCCAGAGAGCAUCGCAGACACCCAGCAACUUCAGGUUCCUCUAUAAUCUGGAGCUCCCUGUUAUAGAUAAAAUCAGGCUUAUUGCACAACAGAUCUAUGGGGCAAGUGAUAUUGAGCUGCUUCCAGAAGCACAGGAGAAAGUCGCCUUGUACACUAAGCAAGGAUUUGGAAACCUGCCAAUCUGCAUGGCUAAAACUCACUUAUCAUUGUCUCAUGACCCUGAACAAAAAGGAGCACCUACAGGUUUUAUUCUGCCAAUCCGAGACAUUCGGGCCAGUGUUGGCGCUGGAUUCCUGUAUCCGCUAGUAGGAACGAUGAGCACUAUGCCAGGCCUUCCUACAAGACCCUGUUUCUAUGAUAUAGACUUGGACCCAAUGUCAGGAGAAGUCAACGGGCUCUUUUGAAAAGCAUUAUUAACCAAAGCUCCCAGAAGAACACCUGAUGAGUCAUGUAAAUGGAAUUAUACCCCCCCCCCCUUUUUUUUUUUUAAGUCAAAACAAGAUAUGACUGAGAAUAUAGUGCAAGAAGUGACUGGAAGGAAAAGUGCUAAAGAAUCAACCACUUUUAAUGUGUAAUGAUUUUUAAACCGCUGUGUUCCAAGCUAGUUUACACUAAGCUUAUAAAGCAUACUGCCUGUACAAACCUCCUGCUUUUCAUAAUCCUAGCUGAAGCAGAAUACAGAAGCUUGGGUUUAGUGACCUCUUUUGAUUCAGUGACAUGAUUUUAACAAUUAAAUCCUAAAGCUGGA